AUGUUAGUGGAGACUCCAAUGUCGACAAAAAUGAACGGCACAAAAACACCGCUUCAUGACACUCAAAGUCAGUUGGAGAUAUACUACAGACAAGUAGCGUUGAAUGAAUUGAAAAAUCUUGAGGCUACCAUCCAAAGAGACAGGUCCACUCUCUCUUUGGCAACCAAAGCAUCAACUAAGAUCAAUCCUAGAUUCUCUAAUUCCAGGUAUCACAAGGUCAUAGAUUUGAUUGACAUGAGCGAACAUUGCUAUGAAAAGAGUUAUCAAUCUUAUAAAUCCCACCAUAAUGAGACUGGUGUGGCUAUGUAUUUGAAAGGAUAUAUCAUAUUGACCAUUAUUAUUCCAGGUAUUGGCUCGGAUUGUUCAAUGUGGAAGAAUGAUGAUGUGGAGUUGUUUAAUACUCUCAAAAGACUGUAUGAGGAGUCUUUAAAUACAGAGCUAAUGAGGAAAGUAGUCAACGAUCUAAAAAUCCAGGAUGGCAACAUGGACGGCAAAGUUGUUGCCAUGAACGAAAGCUUUUCAGCUGACCAACAACUGGAUAGAGUCCCUAAGCCAAGAUCAUUGUCUCCCAUCAAAAGGUCUACUGCUAACGUUAAUUUGUCAGAAUACAGCUCACAGGGGGAAUCACAGAAUUCUACUCAAGCACCUACGUUCAAAGGGGAUCAGGCACCUCCUGAUUAUACAUACACAGUGACUGAAUUCCAAGCCCCAACAGAUCUAAAAUCCAGGGAACGUUUGGACACAAAAAGCAUUUCUUCCGCCGAAGCUGAUACAGGAGACGUACUAGACAUUUACCAAUAUGUGGAUACAAAUGGAGGCGGCGUGCCAAAUUCACCUGAGGUUGAAAGUACUCUUCAAUCGCCCUCAAAGGUUACCGAAACCAAUUCUAGUAUGGAUGAAUUUGUGCCUCAUAUUGAUGUGGCUACUUUGAACGGAAUUCUUUUUUCUCCCUCAGUUCAAUCAAAGAAGAUUUUGUUGUUGGAUUUGAGAUCUAGCGUCGACUUCGAAAAAUCACGAAUAAGAUACCAGAAUAUUGUCAAUAUCGAAGCACAUGUCCUUAGAAGUUCAACCAGUGAUCAGCAGAUUGAAAAGCUACUGCAAAUGACAAAUCCAACUUUUUAUCAGCUUUUCAGUACAAGGGAUCAAUUUUCAACCAUAAUAUAUUUCGAUAAAGACUCGAAGGUACCUUCAAACGACAUGACCAGGUUAUACAAUAUGUUAACAAGCCUGAAUACUUCCAAAAUGUUGUCUGAUUUACCGAUAUUCUUGCAAGGUGGAAUGGAUGAAUGGUUAAAGUACUAUUCUACGGAGCCCAUGAAAGUCUUCUACGCUGACAGAAAACUGAAAGGGCCCAGAAAAUUGCCAGAAUCUGCUCCUCCUCCAAUUCCUAAUACCGACUACUUGAAGCCCCUUACUCAAACUACAUCAUACUUGCCGAGAGCAGAAACACAGAUAAAUUCAUCGCCCCAUAGACCCAGACAAAAUACGCCUCCUAAACUGUUUUCUCACAAUGAUCGAACUUCAACUACUCCCUUCAAUAAUGGUGAUCAGUACAAUCACACCAUACCUCAGUAUAGGGCAAAGCAGGUAUUACAUCCAUCUCAUGCACUGUCAACUAUCCCUCCCCCUAUUGACCAGGCUCAGGUAACUCAAACCAGAAAACCUGUUUAUGAAGAAUUAUCCAUUUGUGGGCUGAAAAACUUUGGUAGUACCUGCUAUAUUAACAGUAUGGUUCAAUGCCUUUUUAGCUUUGGAGAGUUUAAGAAGAUAUUCCUCACUGACCAAUUUACCCGUUACUUGACGAGGUCGCCAACCAACACAUUAGCUCUGUCAGUUGCUGGCCUUUUUCGAAGUAUGACAGCGAAUGGAGGAAUGUCUAUAUCUCCAACCCGAUUCCUGAGCGUUUGUAACUACUAUAGACCUGAUUUGAGAAUCCCACAAGAACAGCAAGAUACUCAGGAAUUUCUCAUGUUCAUCCUGGAUAAGAUCCACGAAGAGUUAAACUAUCCAUCGAUAGUGAAAUUAGAUUUUCCCCAUAGUACUGCACCGCAACUUGAUGAUAAACAAUAUCGAAAAUGGUUUUCUGAACUGACAGAGAAGGAAGGUGUUUCUCCAAUUUCUACCAUGUUUCAAGGCCAGCUAAAGAGUACCCUGAUUUGCAAUCAAUGUGGGAAUCAAUCAGGCUCAUUUACUCAGUUCCAAAUCUUGUCUUUGCCUAUUCCACCUUCCCAUCAUAAUAUGGUAGCAGUGAACGAUUGCAUCAAUCACUUCAUCCAGCCCGAAGUAUUAAGGGGGGACAAUGCAUGGUCAUGUCCUGAGUGUGAAAAGAGGGAAAAAAGACGUAAGGAAGAAAUGAGCCAAAUGAACAAUAGUGUCUUCAACGAUGAGGAAAAGAAACGAUCAAGAAAAUUAUUCAAGAUGUUGGGAAGCAAAGAAAAGCACUCACCCAAUUCUAACCACUCCAAGGCCAAUUUAGUGAAAACCAGUCAGAAAGCCCUAUCAUUUAUAUCGUUACCUCAAUAUCUGGUAAUUCACCUAUCCCGAUUUAAUGGUUUCUCUCCUCAAGCAUGCAAGUUAGAUGUCACAAUAGCUUAUCCGCUGAUAUUAGAAAUACCCAUCCACAAAGAGGAUGGGUCUAUGAAUGUGGCAAGAUACAAAUUAUGCUCUUUAAUUAAUCAUUUUGGUUCGUUGAAGUCUGGGCAUUACACCGCGGUAGUCAAUAAGUCUGGGCAUUUACAUAACCCAUACUGGUGUUACUUUGAUGAUGAAUCUGUCAGGCCUGGAAUCAGUCAUGGAGAUUUAAACUUGGGAAUUAAUAUGCUGAGCUCAAGAGAUGUUUACGUCUUAUUCUAUGAAAGAAUUGCAUAA